CCCGAGCCUCCCGGGGGCGCCGCGCCUGCCCCCCGCGGCCCGCAGACAGCUCCGCAGGAACCGGCGGGCGCGCCGCGCUUCCCACCGCCGCCGCGCGCGCGCCUCCUGGACCCUGCUGGCCUCACCUGCAGUCUGCACUCAGUUCAAGGGCUCCAAAGGUCGCGGGCACGAUGCUUCGGGUCCUGGUGGGGGCUGUCCUCCCCGCCAUGCUGCUGGCUGCUCCACCGCCCAUCAACAAGCUGGCCCUGUUCCCGGAUAAGAGCGCCUGGUGCGAGGCCAAGAACAUCACCCAGAUCGUGGGCCACAGCGGCUGUGAGGCCAAGUCCAUCCAGAACAGGGCGUGCCUGGGACAGUGCUUCAGCUACAGCGUUCCCAAUACCUUCCCGCAGUCUACAGAGUCCCUGGUGCACUGCGACUCCUGCAUGCCGGCCCAGUCCAUGUGGGAGAUCGUGAGUACUGCUGCCCGCUCCUGCCCAGCUUCCGCCCAGAGCCGGCACCGGCCUUGGCCACAAGUGCUUAGUGUGGCCCCACUGUGUGCAGGGUUCGAGCCUCGUGCUGGAGAUACAGACAUGGUCCUUGCCACGUGAUGGCUCACAAGUCCGACACCAGCAUGUACAGGACAAGAGCUCUUUCUGAAGUCAGUCACAUGCUGAAAUCCUUUCGGUGGCUUCCCAUUGAUACAGGAUGAGACCAAAAUCUAUGCCAGGCCCCAUAAGGCCUGCCCACAAGGCAUGGUCUGGCUCACCAGUCUUUCUAGCUUCAUCUUGCCUCUCUCACCUUCUUCACUAGCUUGACCCUGACACCAAUCCCACCUCCUUUCAGUCUCUCUUAACCUACUCCGCU